ACUGAACUGCUGGGGACAAAGGCAGCGUGAGGGUUGUGUACCCCGAGGGGCCCGGAGCAUCUGGAGCAGCCCUCCUGCCACAGGUCCUGGGGUAUGGCGCCCACGGAGGUGCCUGGGAGAAGCGCUCAGUGGAGACAGGCAGCCAAGGGAACUGGGUGGGCGCCGGCUGGGCAGUGCAGGUCCAGGCCUCAGAGAGACGCAGAGGCAUGGUUGCCUCACCUGACCCUCAUUUUCAUGGGAAGGAAGCAUUGAGAAAGAACUAGGUGUUUUGUUAACUUUGCUUAUUCAAAACACUUAAUCCCAGCUAGGCCCUGUCCCCAUCUCCUACUCCCACCUCUGGGAUGGUCUCACCCUCUGGGGACAGAAUCCCUGCCUUGGAGCCCACCCUUGAGGACUCCCUUCCCCUGUGAGCUCCUUUUACCUGUUCUCAGUCUCUGAGCCCAAACAACAGCAUCCCCCCAGGUCCCCAGAUUUCUCUUCUUGGGCUCCCUGGGACCCAGAGGGCCUGGCUCCCAGUCACCCAGCCCUCAUGACCUGCCUCUCAGUUCUGGGUUGCGCAGAGAAGGAAGCCUGAGCAGGAAGUGCUGAGGCAUAAGAGGAAGGCGGGGGUUCUACGAGGGGAGCCGGGCGCCCUGGGCAGGAGUGGGGGCUGCAAGCAGGGCAGGAGGAGCUGAUUUACAAGGCAGAUGGGCCUUGGGCCAGAGCCCUGAGCCCUGCAUCCAGCCACUGCUGCCCCGUGAGCUAUAAGAACAUCCAGACUUCCGGACCAGCUCUGGGGGAGUGCCCUGUGAGCCCAGCCUGGCUCCCCCUCCUGUCAGCCUACUUCUUCCCUCCUCCUGCCAGCCUGUGACUGCCCAGCUUCUCCAAAGAGGGACACUUGGCAUCAUGUCUCUGCUCAACCCUGUCCUGCAGCCCCCCGAGGUGAAGGCCUACCUGACCCAAGGGGAGCGCUUCAUCAAAUGGGACGAUGAAACUGCAAUAGCCUCCCCAGUGAUCCUCCGCGUGGAUCCCAAGGGCUACUACUUAUACUGGACAUAUCAGAGUAAGGAGAUGGACUUUCUGGAUAUUUCUAGUAUACGGGACACUCGUUUUGGGAAGUUUGCCAAGAUUCCCAAGAGCCAGAAGCUCCGUGAGGUCUUCAACAUGGACUUUCCAGACAACCACUUCCUGCUGAAGACACUCACAGUGGUGUCCGGCCCUGACAUGGUGGACCUCACCUUCCACAACUUUGUCUCCUACAAGGAGAAUGUGGGUAAGGACUGGGCUGAGGAUGUACUGGCUCUGGCCAAGCACCCGCUGACAGCCAACGCCCCCCGCAGCACCUUCCUAGACAAGAUCCUGGUGAAGCUCAAGAAGCACCUAAAUCCUGAGGGCAAGAUUCCUGUAAAGAAUUUUUUCCAGAUGUUUCCUGCGGACCGGAAGCGGGUGGAAGCUGCUCUCACUGCCUGCCACCUUCCAAAAGGCAAGAAUGAUGCUAUCAAUCCUGAAGAUCUCCCAGAAUCCGUCUUCAAGAGCUUCCUCAUGAGCCUCUGUCCUCGGCCAGAAAUAGAUGAGAUCUUCACUUCCUACCAUGCUAAGGCCAAACCCUACAUGACCAAGGAGCACCUGGCCAAGUUCAUCAACCAGAAGCAGCGUGACUCACGGCUUAACUCCUUGCUGUUCCCCCCGGCACGGCCUGAUCAGGUGCAGGGCCUCAUCGACAAGUAUGAGCCCAGUGUCAUCAACGUGCAGCGGGGCCAGCUGUCACCUGAGGGCAUGGUCUGGUUUCUCUGUGGGCCAGAGAACAGCGUGCUGGCCCAGGACAAGCUGCUGCUCCACCACGACAUGACACAGCCACUCAAUCACUACUUUAUCAACUCCUCCCACAACACGUACCUAACAGCUGGCCAGUUCUCAGGCCUGUCCUCGGCUGAGAUGUACCGCCAGGUGCUGCUGUCUGGCUGCCGCUGUGUGGAAUUGGACUGCUGGAAGGGGAAGCCCCCUGAUGAGGAGCCCAUUAUCACCCACGGCUUCACCAUGACCACAGACAUCUUGUUCAAAGAAGCAAUUGAAGCAAUUGCAGAAAGUGCCUUUAAGACCUCCCCCUAUCCUGUCAUCCUGUCAUUCGAAAAUCAUGUGGACUCGCCCCGCCAGCAGGCUAAGAUGGCAGAAUACUGUCGGGUGAUGUUUGGAGAUACGCUGCUCACAGAGCCCCUGGAGAAGUUCCCACUGAAACCAGGCACUCCUCUGCCCAGCCCUGAGGACCUUCAGGGCAAGAUCCUCAUAAAGAACAAGAAGAACCAGUUUUCUGGCCCAGCAUCCCCCAGCAAGGAGCUUGGUGGAGACACUGAGGGCAGUUGCCCGCCCAGUGCCCCCGCUGGGGAGGACACAGUGUGGGGUGCUGAGGAAGGGGCUGAUCCGGAGGAGCAGGAGGUAGAAGAGGAAGAGGAGGAGGAGUCGGGAAACCUGGAUGAAGAGGAGAUGAAGAAGAUGCAGUCUGAUGAGGGUACAGCCGGUCUGGAGGUGACAGCUUACGAGGAGAUGUCCAGCCUAGUCAAUUACGUCCAGCCCACCAAGUUCAUCUCCUUUGAGCUCUCUGCCCAGAAGAACAGAAGUUAUGUCAUCUCCUCCUUCACGGAGCUCAAGGCUUAUGACCUUCUCUCCAAAGCCUCAGUGCAGUUUGUGGACUACAACAAGCGCCAGAUGAGCCGCAUUUACCCCAAGGGCACUCGCAUGGACUCCUCCAACUACAUGCCCCAGAUGUUCUGGAAUGCUGGAUGCCAGAUGGUUGCCCUCAACUUCCAGACGAUGGACCUGCCCAUGCAGCAGAACAUGGCAUUGUUUGAGUUCAAUGGGCAGAGCGGCUACCUCCUCAAGCACGAGUUCAUGCGCCGGCCGGACAAGCAGUUCAAUCCCUUCUCCGUGGACCGCAUCGACGUGGUGGUAGCCACCACCCUUUCCAUUACGGUGAUCUCUGGGCAGUUCCUGUCAGAGCGCAGUGUGCGCACUUACGUGGAAGUAGAGCUGUUUGGGCUUCCAGGGGACCCCAAGAGGCGCUAUCGCACCAAGCUGUCACCCAGUACCAACUCCAUCAACCCUGUCUGGAAGGAGGAGCCCUUUGUCUUUGAGAAGAUCUUGAUGCCUGAGCUGGCCUCCCUCAGGGUGGCUGUGAUGGAAGAAGGCAACAAAUUUCUUGGACACCGCAUCAUCCCCAUAAAUGCCUUGAAUUCUGGAUACCACCAUCUGUGUCUGCACAACGAGAGCAACAUGGCCCUCACCAUGCCUGCGCUCUUUGUCUUUCUGGAGAUGAAGGACUAUGUGCCUGACACCUGGGCAGAUCUCACUGUGGCCCUCGCCAACCCCAUCAAGUACUUCAAUGCUCAUGAUAAGAAAUCUGUGAAGCUCAAGGAUGCCAUGGGAGGUCUGCCUGAGAAGCCUUUCCCAUUUGGGGGACCAGUUGCCUGUCAGGUCAAUGGGGCACCAGUACCUGCAAGCAAUGGAUCCAAAGCAGCAGGGGCCAAGACCAGGGAAGAAGCCAUGAAAGAAGUUGCAGAGCCGAAGACGGCCAGCAUGGAGGAGCUGCGUGAGCUGAGAGGCAUCGUGAAGCUGCAGCGGCGGCAGGAGAAGGAGCUCCGGGAGCUAGAGCGGCGGGGCGCACGGCGGUGGGAGGAGCUGCUCCAGCGGGGAGCAGUGCAGCUGACAGAGUUGGGGACACUGGGCUGCAAGCUCCGCCAGGGCAAGGGCUCCCGAAAGAAGAGGACCCUGCCCAUGGAGGACACCACAAGGACCUCACCAGGCAGGGGCUUUGAAGGCAUGGACCCCCGCAUGCAGGAGCUCAAGGACAAGCUGGAGCAGGAGCUGCAGCAGCAGGGCGAGGAGCAGUACCGCAGCAUCCUGAAGUGCAAGGAACAGCAUGUGGCAGAGCAAAUCACCAAGAUGAUGGAGCUGGCCAGAGAGAAACAGGCCUCAGAGCUGAAGGCCCUCAAGGAGACCUUGGAGAGUGACACCAAAGAGCUGAAGAAAAAGCUGGAGAACAAGAGGCAGGAGCGGGUCCAGGCCAUGACCAAAACCACCGCAGACAAGAUGGCCCAGGAGAGGUUGAAGAGAGAGAUUAACAACUCCCACAUCCAGGAAGUGGUGCAGGCCAUCAAGCAGAUGACAGAUACCCUGGAGCGGUACCAGGAGAAACUGGAAGAGAAGCAGGCGGCCUGCCUGGAACAGAUCCGAGAGAUGAAAAAGCAGUUUCAGCAGGAGGUUCUGGCAGAGUAUGAGGCCAAGAUGAAGGGCCUGGAGGCCGAGGUGAAGGAGGCGGUGAGGGCCUGCUUCCCCUCUGAGGCCGAGGACAAGGCUGAGAGGCCCGGUGAGGCCUCGAGGGAGCCCUGUGAGCAGGAGCUACUCACAAACAAGGAAGACACUGAAGAAAGCCGCUUCUGAUACCCCUACCCCACUGGGACAGUUAACAAGGACUAUCAGACCCUUCUCAAGGACAUGGCUCUAUCCCCCAGGAGGAAAGGACACCAACGUCUCAGGCUUCCAGAAGCUGGUGCUCCUUCAACACUGUAGCUCUCUCCUGUGCAGCUUGGCUAGAGGCGAGGCAGGAAUCAGAUACAGCAAGCAGGGGCCAAUCUGGGGCCUAUAACCUUCUCCAGGCUGACUGCCUGGUGCCCAUCCUUCUCCCAACCUCUGGAUAAGUAUAUAUAUCUGUUGAGGGCAAAAGAAUAUGGACUGGGUAUAGGAAAUGGAGUACUGGCCCUGCUCUGCCUUUCCUAGAGUGCAACUAGCAAUACCCUACCCAGAGCUCAGCUGCCUUGCCGGAGGAUGGACCGACACCUGGAACCUCUGGCUUUGCACUGAUGGUUCAAGUAAGACCAAGCUCCAGCCCCUCCUGUCCUGACCUGGCACCUCACCAGGCUUCCAGGCCACACCUCAAGCCUGCCUGCGCAGGCAGCAUCGUCAGCUCCUUAGGCAGAGCCUGGCACUACCUCCAAGUCCUGGGACCGCUGGCCCCAGGUCUCCAGCUGGGGUCCCUGCCUUGAGCUUCUGCCUGUGCAGGGUGAAAGCUGCCAUGGAAAAGCUCCGCAGCUGACUGGCCCUGGGAGGGGGCUGUGGGAUGUAGAGCUGUGGCUGAUGGGGAGUGGAGGAAGCUGACUUCUCCACGCUGAACCUGGAACACCCCUUCCUAGGCCUGGCACAUACCCCACUACUCAGACUACCUGACAAGGUCAGCAUCAUUUUGUCUUCCAAAUUUAUGAGGUUUAUUUAUUUUUUUCUCCUUUCUACUCCUACUAAAGAAACCUGACUCAGUA